AUGGAAGGACUUGAGGUGGAGGGGCCUGUGUUUGUGACACAGGAGCUGGUUCCUGAACACGCUCGCGCCCUCUUGCGCGAGGAGUUGCAUCACUGUGACCCCAAGCUACCGGCGCUGCUGGAGCAACUGGGUAAGCACGGCGCAAGCGAGUGCUGGCACAAGCACGGCACGUUCAAGCAGCACUUGUUUGGCGUGUGGCGCAUCCUCUACCUGUGGAAGCAGAGCCAAGCCGUUUGCCGUUGUGGGCUCUACCACAGUGCCUAUUCGAACAGCUACGUCAACCUUGCGAUCUUCAAACCCGAUACGGGAAGAGAGACCGUGCGUUCGGCCGUGGGCAAUGAGGCCGAAGAACUGAUCCACUUCUUCUGUACGAUCCCUCGCCAGGAGCUGAUCUUCGACCACAUCCUGCCCCUCCACCCGGACAAGCCCAUACCCAAGGAGGGCGUAGAGGUGAGGCACAUACGCAACAAGGACGAGAAGAUACGAGUCUCGCCGAAGCUCAUGAAGAUCUCUCUACUUCUCACCAUUGCCGACUUUUGUGAUCAAUGGUACGGAUGGCAGGACCUUCUCUUUGCCAACGAAGGCGGCCUCACCAUGUCUGGCGAUAACCCCGCCACCUUGUGGCCCUCCACCGGCAAGCCAGGGCUGUGGAUGAGCCGCCUGUCGCAAAUGGCGGUCCUCAGCCGAAGGAUCCACGAGCAGGAGCCCGAUGACGAACCGCUACCGCCCAUCUUCAACAACUGCUCCACAGUGUUGGAGCCCGACAGCGAACGCGAAGCGCGGGACUUGUAUUGGCGCGUGGUCAUGCACAAGACGGAGCAGGAGCAACACGAGGAGGCAGCGGAAGACUUGCGCAAGGCCAUCGCACUCAACCCCUUUGUUGCCGAGCCUCGUGUCCUCCUAGCCCAGAUCUACAAUGUCUCGGGCCGCUACGAAGAGGCCGAGAGCCAGGCACAGGAAGCACUGCGCCUGCUGUUUGAGUGGGGAACGGCGUGGGACAAGGUGCCGCCUUGGUUAAGCCUGUUGCCUGCGUGGUUCGGAUGGAUCGCGUGGGCCAGGAUUAACGUGCUCAAGGCCAGGCGGAAGGAGUGGCCCUCCACCUCCUUUGGCAUCAUCAACCUGGGUCUCGUAUGA